AUGGGAUUCGAUCUGGAAUUUGAUGAACUGCCGGAUCGUGAAACAGCUAAAGGAUUUUAUCAAAAAUUCGAACCACAAGAAGUGCUAGGUAAAGGUUUAUCAUCUGUGGUACGAAAAUGUGUUGAGAGAAGUACUGGAAAAGAAUAUGCAUGUAAAAUAAUUGAAUUUAAUGAUGAUAGUCAGGAUAUACGCGAAGCAACAAUGCGUGAAAUACAAAUUUUAAGUCUAGUAGGGGACCAUCCAAAUAUCAUUGAUAUUGUGGCAACAUUUGAAACUGAAAAUUAUGUAUUUAUUGUCAUGGAAUUAUGUCCAAAUGGAGAAUUAUUUGAUUAUUUAACUAAAGUCGUACGUUUAUCCGAAAAACGCACUCGUACAAUCAUGUGUAGUAUAUUGAAUGCUGUUUUACAUCUACAUGUUCAUCGAGUUGUUCAUCGUGAUCUGAAGGCAGAAAAUAUAUUGAUGGAUAAUAAUAUGAAUGUGAAAAUAACUGAUUUAGGUUUUGCGGUACAGCUCAAAGAAGGCGAAGCACUUUAUGAUCUCUGUGGCACACCGGGAUACAUGGCACCCGAAUUAUUACAAUGUUCUCUAUAUGAAAAUAUGCCCGGUUAUGGGUUACCGAUAGAUAUGUGGGCAUGUGGUGUGAUACUGUAUACAUUACUCAGUGGUCUACCACCAUUUUGGCAUCGACGUCAACAUUUAAUGUUUCGAAUGAUAAUGGAUGGACAAUAUACAAUGGAUGGAUCCGAAUGGGAUGAUGUUACUGAAACAGCUAAGGAUUUAAUUCGGCAUUUAUUAAUUGUAGAACCUGAAAGGCGUUUUACAGCUGAACAAGCUCUACAACAUCCAUUUUUUAAUAUAGAUCGAACGAGACGGAAAGAUUUUAUGGCUAAACGAACACUGAAAGCUCAUAUCAUAUUAGUUUGGUCAGUUCAUCGCCUAAGAACGCUUCAUUAUCGUCCACAGCCAAUUAGAGGAAACGAACUACUUGAAAAUCCGUAUCGAUUUAAAGCCUAUCGUAAGCUUAUUGAUAGUGCUGCUUUCUUAUUAUACGGACAUUGGGUUAAAAAAGAUGAACAUCGAAAUCAAAAUCGUGCAGCACUUUUUCAAACAGAAGAAAAAGCUGAUUUGAUUCGACAGAAACAAUCAUUGGAAAAACAAAAACAAAACAAACAAGAGCGACAAAACAAACAACAAAAUUUAUUAAAAUUACAUAAACAACAAUCACAAGAACAAGAACAACUACCAACUUAA